AUGUCAAGAGCAGACUAUCUCGCCAAAUACCUUGGUGAAGGACCGGAAAAGAAGAGGAAAAAGAAGAAACCCAAACACCAACAGGCUUCGGUUGUUGUAGAACAGUCUUCUCUUCCGACCAUCUCGAAAACGGAUGACGUCAAUCCAGAGUCUGAUGAAGAGUCGGCGCCAACAAUUGCAUUGGGGGCACCAAUUAGAGAAAACAAAGGAUUUAAGAAGAUUGAUACAGGCGAGAAGAUUGACCAUGUUUCUAAUGCCAGUACAAAUAAGAGGCCUCCGGCAGUUUCUGCGAAGGAGGAAAAUAUGGCCGCCACAGUUUACAGAGACUCAUCGGGACGGAUUGUCGACAUAGAAAAGCGCACUGCAGAGCUACGAGCUGAAAAAGAGGCUAAGGAAAAGGCAGAAAAAGAAAGACAGCGCAAAGUCAAUCAGUCUGAUAUGGAGAGACUACGAGAGGCAGAGUUUCAGGCGAAACUUGCGCUGGCGUCCCGCUUUGACGUAUCGACAUCCGAUGCAGCCUAUGUGAGUCACAUGUCGCAGAAGCAACGGUUUGACGACCCGCUAGCGAAUUCUACUGACACUGUAAAUGCAAGUGAGCGGUAUAAGUCCACGAGACCAACGUACAACAAAGGAAUGAACCCUAGCAAUCGUUUCAAGAUCCCUGCAGGAUGCUUUUGGGAUGGAGUGGACAGAUCAAAUGGGUUUGAGGCGAAGCUCUUGGAGAAGAGGAACGCUGAGCACGUGAAGAAGGUGGUUUCGAGAGCCUCCGCUGAGUCCUACACUGAAUACGACUACGACUACGACUAG